AUGCCUCCGAAGUCCUCUGUUCCCCGGCCUACGGCGAGGGUGGCCAAAGCGCUGCGAAGCAAGGAAGCUGCCAAAGCAGCAUGCAACACAUGUCGCACGAAAAAGGUUCGAUGCUCGGGGACAGCUCCGUGUACUUAUUGCAGCGGACGUGGGCUAGACUGUGAGAUCUCAGAGCAGGGACAGCGGCGCCUUUAUUCCAUCUCGGAGGUCAAAAAGCUUCGCGACCGCCUUGCACAUUAUGAAAAUCACCAAUCCCCAUUGCAAACCGCCGAUCGUUCGCCCACCUUUCCCGGGACCACCAGUAAUGUCAAUGGUGGUUCUCCAGUAGAGCCACCGUCGCCUGCGCAGAUCCUUAACGACAGCGCCCAACUUUCCCCGGAGUCAAUCAUCCAGCCCGAGCCUUGCUUGAGCUCCAACAACAUAUUCGGAUCGCGAAUCCAGAGUUUGCUACAAAGUUCGGGUUCUAAGCCCGAGAGCGCAAACGCAAAUACACAAGGUCCUGAUGCUAUCAACCCUCACAUUCUAAGCACCCUUACCGAACCUGAAUCUCGUCGCCUGUUGGGGGUCGUUGUGUUCUAUAUCGGCCUGACGCAGCACCACUUCGAUAUCCGCGAAUUCUCCGACCGUCUCGGCCUAUACUUUGCCGACCCACAGCAUGUCCGAUGGCAGAACGAGCCUUGGCUUCUUGAGAUGAUGCUGGUUCUCGCCGUCGGAAAGUUAUUCGCCGGAGACUUUGAUGAGGGUUGUGAUACCCCUGGAAGUAAAUUAUUUGACGGUGCACAUAAGAACAUCCCUGCGCUAAGCCAACUCAUUACGCAUGGAGUUCUCGGAGUGGAGAUUCUGGCACUUGCUGCGGUCUAUCUUCAAAAUCUUCAUCGAAAAGACGAAGCUUACUUCUAUAUAAGUACCGCGUUGCGACUAGCUAUCUUACUUGGUUUGCAUCGCAAAUCAGGAUUAGAGGGCCGUUUAGAGUCGGAGAAAGUCCACAUCAAUCGACUCUGGCGGACCAUAUAUAUGCAGGAGCGACGUCUCGCUGCCGUUACAGGGAACCCAAUCAGCAUCUACGAUGAAGCAAUCGAACUCGAAAUGCCCACAGACUGCGUUGGAUUUCCUACUGCGAGCGCCUUACGAACAAACCUGAAGAUAUCCAAGGUGCUUACCCGAAUCAUUACAGUCAUUUAUGGACCACGUCGCUUAGCCGAGGAUGCCUUCGUGCCAAGCGUUCGAGGCAUCGUCAAAUCGAUAUUUGAGAUUGCGCAAGAUAUUCCAUUAAAGAGUAUGGCAAACUUCGGUUAA